AUGCCUAGGUUCAUCAAACGCUCCCUGGCUGAAAAGGCCAGCGGAGAGUUCAAGCGCCAGCAAGGGUCUCCCAGGGACCGUUGCGACGGGCCGGGGCUUUUGCAGCUGGAUUUGUCAGUGGCACCGGAGCCUUACGUUUUGGGGCAUUGCGCUUUUGCUUGCUGCUGCGCUUACUCCGAACUUUUGCACGGGGAGCCAAUUCAAGUCAUGGGAGAUGCAGAGAGGGACCAAUCUGGAGGUGCCUGGUCUCGCGUUCCAGUUUGGGACGGAUCGCCACAGACGUGGCGAGCUUUCCAGAGAGAAAUGAAAUGGUGGACUAGCAGCCUGGACUUAGAAGGAACGAAGAAAUACAACCUUGCUGCACGUUGGUUGUUGAGGCAGUCAGGCGUGGUUCGCCAAAGAGGUGAAGAGUUCAAUCCAGAUGAGCUUGAGUACCAGAAGGAGGUCAAAGGUGAAGAUCCACAGACAGGUGCCGAAGUUGUCAUUACGCCUGAGGACCCGUUGAGUGGCUUGACAAAGUUGCUGAAGGCGUUAGAGGGCAUCAAUGGCAAAACAACACUUGACAAACGUGGAGAGCUGAGAAAUUUGUUUUACUUGGAGUUGAAAAGAAAACCAGGUGAACGCAUAGCUGAGUUUUGCUCCAGGUUUAGAGUUUCUCUGGCAGACCUCAGAACGGAGGGAGUGACCUUGCCUUCCGGUGAAGUUGGAUGGUUUUUCAAGACAAAGCUUGGUCUUGACCCGCUGCGAGUGCAACUCCUGGAAACAGCCUUGUCAGGCGCUGAGGAGUACGAGACGAUCGAACGUGAAGUUCUUCGACUUUUCAAAGAUCUGCAUUCUCAGGAUCCGUUGGUGCGCAAGUCUUUUGGAGACAGCAACAACAAGGGUGGUUCCUUGAUGCAGAGGUUUUUGACUUCACAGAAUCCUUCAAGCAAGCCUUCGUCCUAUGCACCUUCGAUGGCUAGCUCUGUGCCGAGGUCCCACAGGACUUCAACGACUUCUGGAUCAAGCAGGUUCAGUGGUUUUAGAAAGCCUUUCCCGGCCCGACAGGCCAUGGUUUCUGAAGCAGAGGACCCUGAACCUGAUGAGGAAGCAGAGCUGUUGGAGGAUGAGAAUGAAGCUGAGCCGAACUUGGAGGACAUGCUGAAAAGUGAAGCUGAAGCUCUUGCGGCUGAGUUGGAUGACGCUGCAGACAACGGCGUCGAUGCCUCGACCUUGCAGGAGAUAGAAGAAUCAGUUGAAACCGCAGCUGAAGCACUCCUCACCAUGAAGGAGGCACGAAAGAAGUUGCAGGAAGUGAAACGUGAUCGGGGUUACCUGAAACCAGCAGAUGGUACCUCGAAGAACAACCCAAAGAAGACUGCCAAGAACCCAUGUUUCGAUUGCGGCCUUCCAGGACACUGGGCUGGAGACCCGGAAUGUGGCAAACCUGGGCAAGGCCUUGCAAGGAAGUCUUCGUUGAAGAAACCCGGCAGCCGACAUGUCAAAGUGGUUGAAACUUUGAAUACAGAACAUGUGGAUGAAGCGGAAGGUGAAAGCCAUGAGGUGCUCACCGUGUCGGCUCAACCUUUGUCCCAGUCCUUUGUAGCUGCACUUGAAGAUGCCCACUCCGUGACAAAAGAAGCGCUGAUUGCACAGCUGGCAGAAGACAAACGUCUUGUUGGAGCUUUGGAUUCGGCAUGCAACAGAACAUGUGCUGGACCGGAUUGGUUGAAAGGGUAUCUUCAUGGACUUCAAUCUGCACCAGAAAGCAUUAGGAGCCUAGUGACCUCAAAGCCUGAGCAUGAAACCUUUCGUUUUGGAAAUGGCGGCACCAAGGUGUCGGACAUGCGAUGGAGGUUGCCAACAGUGAUAGGAGGGAGGCUGUUUUGCUUUUGGUGUUCGGUGGUGCCAGUUCCAUCACUUGGUCUUCUACUUGGCCGUGAUUUUUUGGAAAGUAUUGGAGCUGAUCUGUCCUUUUCACGCCGUGAACUUUGCUGUGAACGUUUGGGGGCUGAGAAGAUUCAACUGAAACAGCUGGCUGCAGGACAUUACCUACUGCCUUUGAUUCCUGCUGCAUGGCCAGGUGUGGGCUCUCAGCGUUGGCGUAGGAUUGGACAAGAUGGCAUCAUUGAGUUGCAGAUGUCAAUGUUCCUCAAGCUGAACGAGCGCAUGCUGUGGGCCGCAAGAGGCGUCCUGCUCUGGCUUUUACAAAGGCCUUUCUUGCGCUUUCUGCCCUUUCCAUACCCCUCGACGUCAUCAACAGACAAAUGGUUGGAGCAAGCGCGCAAACAGGUUUCAGCCGGGGUGAUCUCAAAGCGCCACUUCAAGUUGGCGGUCGCCAUGAAGCAGUUCACAAUGGCCAAUCUGGGAGAAUGCAUACACCUGAGAGGACGCAUUGGCCUCAAAUUGGCGUUCUGCGAGGACCCGACGGUGGAGGGCAUGUUGCAAGCUCUUCCAAUGAAAGGCAUGGCCAACAAGAUCCGAAAGGCCGUUCAAGCAGAAGCUGUGGCCGCAGCCAAACAGCUUGCCAGCGACAACAAGCGAGAAGCAGAGGCUCGGACCUUGAUUGGGCCAAAGGGCGGACUUCCUUCACUACGAGGGGACCUGGUGAGACUUGCAGCCCUUCUCCAAGUGACUCUUGGAGACAAGGACACCAUCGAGGUGAUAAAAGAAAAGGUGAAGCCAAUGGUGGCCAUCCUCAAAGAGAAGCCUGUGCAGCCGACCGCUGCAAAGUCAACAGCCAAAGCCAAAGCUGCCAAGCCGAAAAGCCAUCCCAAAGAUGCGAGCGCUUCCUCAAUGUCUUCAGAGGUGCGCCCACUGUCAGUUCUUCAAGAUCAGGUGGCAAGCUUGACAGCACAGUUGGAAGCAAUGAAAGCCUUGCUGCCGGAACAGCACCAAGUGCCGGUGGUAGAUCUCAUGGAGGUGGAUGCGAAAUCGGAAGUGGAGUCAAUGACUUCCGAAGAUUACAAGCAAGUUCAAGAAGCGAUGCUGGAGGAUUGCUAUGGAGAAGCCCUGAGAGCACAAUACGGGAACAUCGACCUGGUGGAUCUGACACAGGCUCAGAUGAUUGCACAAGCCUGGCAGAAGCAUGAAGCUGAUCGUUUGAAAACCUCCUGGGGCCCAGCCCAGAUCCGUGAGACUUUGGUUGCUGACUAUGAGAAUGAUUUCUGGCAUGCAUUGACGGAAGAAACCUUCAUCCAACCCAUGGUCUUUGAUUUUGAGUCCUUUGCGGUCAAGCCGUUUGUCACAGAGGUCUACACGAGUGCUGAGAACGUCAUGAAAGAGGCCAGAAAACGUGGACACAAUGUGGGGCAAUCUAUGUCUUUGGAAACUGGUUGGAACUUCUUGGAUGCCAAUGACAGGUUCAAAGCUUACAACAAGAUCAGAGAUGAAAAGCCUUUUUGCGUGGUUUUAGCAUUUCCUUGCAAUGGUUUCAGCCCUCUUCAACGUUUGAAUGGACUUCACCCUGAAAGAAAAGCAGAAAGAAGGGCGAUUGGUCGUGAACUCAUGAAGUUUGCCUUGGAAAUCGCUGAACUACAAAUCCGAGAAGGUCGUCAUGUCAUCUUAGAAAACCCUCGAGGCAGUGAAGCUUGGAAUGAACCUGAGAUGUUGCGUUUUCUUGAGGAGAAUGAGCUCUACGCCGCUAUCUUUGACCAAUGCCGUUUUGGCCUCAAAAGCCUUUCUGGUUGGUUGCACAAGAAGCCAACGAGAGUGGUGAGCUCAAGUUCAGAUGUUGCUGCGGAAUUGGAUGGAGUGACUUGCAUGCGCAACCACCCUCAUGCGCCAGUUCUGGGCGGCUCUCAUGUGACAGCCCGUGCGGGCAUCUACCCAAAGCCUUUGGCACGCGCCAUGGUUAGGGGCCUUGAGAAGCAAUUUGAACGAGAGUUUGCUCCUCGUGAAGCUCUUGCUGCCGAAAUUGGAGAGGAUGUUGAGGAGGAGGAAUUGGCUUUUGAAGGCGGUGGAUUGGUGAUGCCUCAAGAUGAUGGCAGUGACGUGGAGGACGAAGUGGAUUCAAAGGGAACUGCAAUUCCUGUUUCUUCUGGCAUGCGCGCAACAAUCCUUCGACUUCACCAGAACACUGGCCACAGAUCGGGCAAAAGGUUAGCCCGAGCCCUAGCCAUUGCGGGUGCACCUGCAGAAGCAAUUCAGGCGGCGAAACAACUUCAAUGCUCAGUUUGCCAAGAGCGACAACCACCUCGUGCCCGCCGUCCUGCUUCUCUUCCUGUGCCUCGCGACAUGGGUGACCAAAUCCAUGUGGACUUGCUGGAAGUUUUUGACACCAGCGAGAAGAAGUACGUAGUGGCCCAUGCAACUGAUGCCGCUACACGAUUCCAAAUGGCUGAGAUUUUGCCAGACAAAUCAACCAAGUCUGUGGUGCGCUUCCUUUCUACCAGAUGGAUUGCAACAUUUGGCCCUCCGAGAGUGAUGGUCGUGGACCAAGGCAGAGAAUUUGUGUCUUGGGAAAUGGAGGAAUAUGCUGGAAGCCAAUCCAUUCUUUUGCACCACAUCGCCGUUCAGGACAUGCAGGUAGCUCUUGCCGAGGCGACAUCAGCUUACAAUGGCGACAUCAAUGAAUUGGGCAGAACUAGCACGAUCCCGAACCCAACCAUUGAGCAGCUUCCAGAGCCUGGCACAAUCUGCUACUUCUACAGGCCUUUGAAGUACAACAACAAGACAGCGCCGUCCAAGAAGAAGCUCACUCUGAAACGUUGGCACGGCCCUGCACUUCUUUUGGCCAUUGAAGGCAGAAGCUCUGGAUACUUGAGCUACAAGGGGCAAUUGACCAAAUGCGCCCUGGAGCACAUUCGUGCAGCCAGCACGAUGGAACAGAUAGCUGCAGAUUCUUGGCGUGAAGCCAUAGAAGAAGCUGUUGAGGCUGCCACCUUGGACUUGUCGGCCCGUGGACUUCCUUUGGCCGAUGGUGGCGAUGGAACUGCUGUUCAACAACCAGCUGCUGUGAUGCCAAUGCCUGGCACUCCUGCCUUCUUGCCCUCAUCUUCAGCAGCUGCAGUUCCAGAACAAGCAAUGCCGGUUGGCGAUGAUUUGCCUCCGGUAGCGCCUCAAGAACUUGCUGGUGCCUUGAUGCCUGCCUCUGCACCAGUAUCGACUGUGCCUUCCAGAAGAUUGAGUGAGGCGACGUUUGAACGAGCCACUACAGAUGGACUUUCGAGUGGACUCGGCGAUGGACUUCGAAAACGAGCCUCAAGCUUUGCAAGCCAGUUGCAAGGCGUCAUGGAACAAGCACGACGUCAACGUUUGGCAGAUCCUACAGGAACCAAACGAGCUGCCGACACAUCACUGGAAAGAUUGAAGGCUGAAUCCUCUGAGCCUCCUGUUCCUCAACCUGAUGAACCUCCAGUGAUCACAGCAACUUCAUCUACUGAGCCUGCGGCAGAAGCAUUGCAGACCACGAGAGAAGAUGUUUUGUCCAGUUUGGGCGAUCCUUCACUACACCCACUGCAACACAUCUACAAUGCUGCCUGUGAAGACAGACUCAACCCUACUGAAGUGCGUGUGAAAGAUCAUGGUUCUUGGGAUGGCAGAUGGCCUUUACCCUCAAGAACGGAAUGGCAUGCUCACCAACGGCUUGGACUUCCUUGGCCUUGUGGGCAUGAUGACCUGGUUGAAAAUGAUGUGAUGGCAGUUCAAGCCAAUCGCAAAGAAUUUCACUGGCGCUCCAUGAGUGAUGCUGAAAAGGCUGAGUUCAAGAUUGCGGCCGAACAAGCCUGGAGUGUUUGGAAGGAGAAUGAUGCGGUUGAAGAACUAUCUCCUGAAGAAUCUCAACGAGUGCGUGAGAGACUGAAGAGAGAAGGCCAGCAGGGGAAGAUACUCACCCCCAGGUACGUGUUUACCGACAAACACGAAGGCCUUCGCACUGAGCAGAACAAGUUGCCUCUCCGUGCACGAGCGCGCAUUGUUGUUCCUGGUUUCAAGGACAUCUUUUCAUUUGGACUUCGAAAGGAUGCUCCUACAUGUUCAAGACUGGCCCAACAUUUCCUUUUGACCUUGACGGCAUGUUUCAAUGUAAUGGCUGUUGGAGCUGACCUUGCCUGGACUUUGCUUUCAGCCGACAUCAAGUCAGCCUUCAUGAAAGGAGAUGCCUACAUGGAUGGGACCAGAGAGCUGUUCAUGGAAAACAUCCGAGGAGCCUCUGAUGAACUUCGCCUGCCUUUUCCUGGACUUGCCAGGAUACGCAAAGGAGUGUUUGGUUUGAGUGAUGCGCCGAGACGUUGGUAUUUGAGGUUGAACAAGUCCCUGAUUCAGCAGGGAUGGCAAAGAACUACACUGGACUACGCCUGUUGGGUUCCGUGGUCACCAUGUGGAACGAGGUUGGAUGGCGUCCUCAUCUCACAUGUGGAUGAUUUGCUUCUGGGCGGAAACCGCCGUGCUGUUGCCAAACUUCAAGAGCUUGGACGCGAAUUGGGGUUCGGAAGCACCUCAGAGAAGGACAUUACCUAUUGUGGUAAGCGCAUCCGCCAAUGGGAUGACGGCCACAUCACCAUCACCAUGGAGGAGUACCACAGCAACCUGAAGACCGUGAACAUACCUGUGCCUCGCCGAGCCAACCCAGACUCAGACUUGACGGAGAUGGAACGUCAACUUCGUGCAAUCCUUGGUUCACUUCAAUGGCUGGUUGCUCAACUGCGAUUUGAUUUGGGUUUUCAGCUCAGCACCUUGCAAGGUGAACCGCCGAAGAUCAGCACCCUGAUGAAAGCAAAUCUGCUUGUCAAGCGCUUCAAGCAGGACCCUGACUUUGCCCUGACCUUCAAGCCGAUGGAUUUGAAGGGAGCUGGAAUCAUGGUGGUAACAGAUGCCAGUUUGGGGAAUGUCACCAAAGCUGGCGGAGCUGAUGGAACUGUGUUGGAAAGGGUGUUUAGCCAAAGCGCCUACUACGUCCUCCUGGCCGACAAGGACCUUUUGGCUGGACGAGAAGGAAGCUUCUCAGUGCUGGACGCAAGAAGCCACAGACUUCCUCGAGUAUGCCGCUCUACAUACGGAGCAGAGCUGCUGGGAACGGAAGAAGCAUUUGAUGUUGGAUGUUUCUGCCGUGGCUGGUGGGCGAUGUUGCAAGGCCUUCCAAUUGAACACAAACGUGCUGAAGAAGUCAUGGACUGCAUUCCUUUGGCAGUCGUCACUGAUGCACGUGAUGUCUACGACAAAGGGUCUUCAGACACACCUUCCUACGGAUCUCAAAAAUCCCUGGCGUUCACAGUUGCCUGGAUUCGUGGAGUCCUUAGCAAACCCAACACCAUGCUCAAGUGGACAUCGACGGAGAACCUCUUCGUGGAUUGCGGGACGAAAGACAUGAGCACUGAGCAUGUACAUAAGAUUCUUAGCAGCUGCCGAUGGAGCGUGACCUUCAACCAAGAGUUUGUCAAGCAGAAGCAGAAGACGAAGCCGAAGAAGCUCGCUGGCGGAAGCUGUGAAAGUCUGCUGGUAGGUAGUGCUUUGGGUGAAAACUCACCUAUUUACCCAUACCUAGCUCAGCUUAGUGCAAGCCCUGGAUGGCACCAACGCGAAGGUGUCCUAAUCAAUGUGGCACGCCAUGCAAAGUCUUUCAGAACUCCAGGAGCCCGUGUGGAUCCAAAGAAAUUUCCUCUGAGAACCACGUAUGCCAGAAUUGACCAUCCAGACGGGAAGUCAGACUGGAGGAUUUUGGAAGAAGGUACAGAAUAUGGCAUUUUGCCAAAUCCCCAUGCGCUUUUGGGCACCAUAGCUGGCAUUUUGGUGACGGUGUAUCGUUCCCAAGCUACAAAUAAAGAAGAAUCAACUGAAGAAACAUGCACUUAG